CCACAACGGAUGCCGUCGACUCACCUCGACUGCAUUUCCACCCACCACUGCCACCAACACCGCCAGGCUCCUGACCCCCUCCAUCGCUCCGCCGCACUCCGCCUGCGCGACACCGUGUCGCCCAACAUUCCCCACUCCACCGCCGCCGACGACCUCAAUGGACUGCGCGUGCCUUGCAACGUUCACGCCAUUCGAGAAGUACACUUAACCUCGACCGCCCCAGUGACGGACCCGCCGUCGCUAGAUCCGCACAGCUGUUAUGCGCUGCGUACCGACCAUAGAAGCAUGGACCUCCUGCUCGCCAACGAGAGCGCCGCUGAGCAACAUGUGCUCCAACUGCUGAGCACUUUUCGGGAGCAGAAAUUCGAUAACAUCUUCGAAGCUUUCCAAAACUUCCGCACACACGUCGCCGGCGUAGUGCCUCUCGAUUUCGACCAUGCUGAGGAGCACGAGAAUCGCUUGUGGCAUGCGCACACCCAAGGUCGCCGCCAUUUCCAUCGAGCCCUCUCCGACUUCCGCAAAUGCACUCCGCCUCAGCCCCACGGCCUCCGCUCCGUGACUAAGGCGUACCUGACAUGGCUGAAGCAGAGUGAGAGAUUCUACAGGUCGUACAUUACGAUGCUCAAUAAUGCGGCCGGAGGCAUUCCCGAACUCGAGGCGAUUGCACACAGCGACAAUGGGGAACGAGCCAGCGAAAGCGCGCCUGUCUCCGUUACGCCGUCGCACCUCGAGAAGAUUCUCAACUCAUGCCAUCGGGCACUCAUAUGGCUGGGUGACUUGUCCCGUUACCGUGCCACGGAAAAAUUGGACAAGAAUCCCGAUUUCGGUCCCGCCAUAGGCUACUAUGGAUUGGCUGCCACGCUGAAGCCGAGCUCUGGGCUGGGCCAUCAUCAACAAGCCGUCGUUGCCCUCGCGCAGAACCAUCACUUGCGGGCCAUUUAUCACUUGUAUCGCUCUCUCACCGUACAGGAUGCCCAUCCUUUGGCACCUCAAAAUCUGCGCCUGGAGUUCGAGAAGACCAAUGCUGCCUGGGACAAAGGCGAGCUCAUUCAGAAGCGCUCGCCGAAUGAUCCGGACGCCACCAAGCUUUCACUGGUGGGCUGGUUUGUCCGUUUCCACAGCAUGUGCUUUCGUGGCCAGCCGUUCCGCGGGCACGAAGAGCUUGAACGAGAGGUCCUUGCUCAGCUCUCCAACGUCGUCAAGCAGCGGCCACUGGACGGCACUUUGACCCGUAUGAUACUGGUCAACAUAGCUUCCCAACAUGUCGCAGGCGAAUCGUUCCAAGAACAUCAAUCGCUGGAGAGCCAGCAGUCUUUUUACUUCUAUUUCCGCUUGAACGUGAAAACUUUCACUGUCCUUCUGCGCGCGUUUUACGACGAUCUUCGCGGCUUGCUGCUUGGUUUGGACGAUUUCGAUGUGGAGCUAUCAUGCAAACUCACGCAGGUCGGCCGUAGACUUCUCCCAUGCUUGCGUCUCUACAACAACUGGCUCUGGGGCAUGGUUGCAAUGAUUCAAGGUCUGUCGACGGACGACUUCAUUGCUGAAUCAGUCACGCAAUUCUGGCCAGCCUACACGAGAGCGCUUGAUCUAGUUGCUCAAGCAUUCCCGAUCUGGGACUUGGAGGAUGUAGAGGAGAUUGACUACAUGCUGGAGGAAGACGUCGAAACCUUUGGCUUCACCGCAUUCGCCAACAAUGACCAGAUCCAGAAGACCUGGUUCAUCAAGUCGACAGGCUCGGUGAGACAGCGCUUUUCAGAUCGUGGUGUUGUUCGGUCAUCGCCUGAUGACGAGAUGCUUCAUCGCGUCAAGGACUUCCUCUCGACUGGUCUCAAUCUUGCGUCUGGCGCUGAUGAUGCGCCAGUCAGCAUCCAGGGAACAAGGAUCUUCUGCGGCGACGUUAGCAAGAUCGAGGCUUUGACAAUUCCAGAGAAGGUCUUUGAGCCUAUCGCACCACCGCCGAAAGUCGCGCCGCCAAAGCCAGUCAGCUAUGCUGCUGCAGCUGCAAAUGGGCACGCCCAAAAAGAUCGACGACCUGUCCCAGUGAGGCAACCAAGUCUGGCUAAGACUCAGGCUCGUGAUGCCCAGCUCAGCAAAAUGGUCGACAACCUGCUCGAUGAAGAGGAUGACAACAAUCCAGUGACUCCACCACAACCUGCCGCUAUUCACCCUGCGAUCGUCAGCAAUGGCGAGCUGCCUCAGUUGCUUCAAGACAGUGUCACUGACGUUCCCGUAUCUCGAUCGCCGAAACACGGCACUCCUAUCGGCAGACCAUCUACCCACGAAUACAGCGCACGCCCGAAUGUAACGUUCACCCCUUCAGCUCCAUGGCGAUCCGCUGCCAAUGGCUCGACUACGGCGUGGGGCGGUGCUCGCGAACGUCUUCACUCAGUCUCCAAACUCUGGGACAGCACUGCCUCGCCAUCCUUUGCAGCAGGUCUGCCGACUGGUACACUCGGCUCGCCCGCCAAUGCAAAUGCGCGUGGGCAUUCUCGCGUUAACUCUGCGAGUAGUGCUCGCAGCAGAAAUUCGCUGAAUGUGGUCGAGUCCUGGGGAUCUACGAACACUGUGGAAUCUUGGGCACCACGCACUAUGCCCGACUCUUCAAGUGUUGAUCAAAACGGGAUGGCCAGUCCAUUGCUCUUCGGCGCCGUGAACAGUCCUUGGAGCACAGGUCUGCAACCUGGUUUCAGGCAUGCAAGCCCUCCCUAUGGCUCAGGCGGCUGAGGGACUACGUGGUGGGAGCACAUUGCUUCUACAGGUUUUUGACUCACACUACCGUCCUCGAUGCCAUCACAUCAUGUCGCUGUCGCUGAAAAGCUCGUAUACCAGCAAAGACGCAUCCGAUCGUGCGCAGAGAGGCCCACUUCCCUGCGGCAUCCCGAAUUCGCCGCUCUGGCGUUUGCGGUCGACCACGAGUUUAAGACUCACAAAGACAGCUGCCUCAGCAUGUGGAAGCCAUACGGUGAGGAGAGGUAAGAAGGCUUCGGAUGCCCUCGAAGUGGGGCUAUUGAAGAUUGGUUUCGCUGCGUUCACACAUGGCCACGGAUCAUGCCAGGACUUGGACAUGUCCCGGCUUACUUUCGUUUUACAACACUCAUUUUUGCAGACACUUUUGGCAAACAGAUUGAAAUGAAAUGGCG